CAGAUAUUGCAUUGAGACAACGCAAACCUCGCCUUGCUCUCUUGUUGACAGCUUUGAAAAAUCCUCGGGAAAAAUGACCAACGUCGAACAAAACAAAGGCGAAGCUUCCCUGGCUCAGGGUGUGACUGCUCUUCUGGAGCCCGUUGCUCUUCUGCAUGAUGAGAAGAUGAAGAAAAUUCUAGCGAGCCAAGAAGCUCUCGAGAAACAAAUAGACAGAUUUUCUGCUGAAAUCCUCAAACUGAAAGACAAGGAGAACAAUGCGAUGCUGAGCUUCUAUUCUUCAAAGCUGGCAACAUCAAGGAAGAGAUUGAAGAAGGUUGAGACAACGGUGAUGCAGAUCCAAGACCGAGUAGAAAACAUUGCCAGAAUGCAUGAACAGCUCCUGGCUGCUGAGAAGAAACAAGAACAGGAGAAGAACGGGGCAUGCUCUACUGCUGAUGCAGAGGAGGAAUUGAAAGAACAAGAGUCACCUGAUGAUACUAAAGAGAAGAGCUGAAAAUGGACAAGGAGCCUUCAUUUUACAGACCAUCUUUUGAUUUCUUCCGCAGGCUGCAUGCUGACAGAAUAUCAAUUCUCUCCUGAUCUCUCCACAUUCUGUGAUUGCAAGGAGAUAUCAAAGUAUCUUCUACGAAAACAAGAAUUCAAUAAAUCAAAAAUUGAAAUAGUGUA